GUGGAAACAAAAGGCAAUAAUUAGCCGGAAAUUUUCUCACGUAAUUACGAUCAAAUUGAUAUAUUCUUCUCAGAGUUCUUGAAUUGUAUCAUCAUUUCCAGCAGGCCGACCAUAACAUUGUGAUUUCACGCCUGCAUUAUGAUGGUAGUUAUAUAUAAAUAUCCAAUUUCAAACUAAUUCAACCAUCACAAAGAGUCGGUGUUAUUCUUAUCAUGUUGAAACAGACGAUAUUCUUGUUACUCCUGAUGCUGGUGGUAGCAUGGGCAUCUCCUCAAAGAAUGGGCAUACCAGGUAUGGGCAAUAUGGGUGGUGGACGCUCGAUGCCAGGGAUGGGCAGAGGCAAUAUGGGCAUGGGUAACGUGAUGCCUGGAAGAGGAAUGGGAAGUAUGGGGAGAGUGAAUAUGAUGGGAUAAAGUAAAUUGAAAGACUAUUUGUUACUUUGUAUUUUGAGCUGCUGUUGUAAUAAAUUUGUAAGCUUGCGGGCUUUUAUACCCUUAUAGUAAAACUCCUCAAUUCGUUUAUGGUUAA